AGUAAACAUAGCCACACAGACGAUGCUAGCUGGGCUUUAAAUCUACGUGUUCGCAGUGGAGGUUUGACCAUUCCUGUCUGGGAUGUAACUCAAAAUAGUCCCAUGUCAGAGAAGACAGGGUAGAAGGUGGUUAAGGGGCAUGGUGGUGUGUAUCUGUUAGCCCAUAGUUUGAGAGGCAAGGCAGAGAGAUGGCUGCAAGUUCAAGGACAGUCUAGGCUAUAGAGUGAGACCCCGUCACACAAAACAAAAACAGACAGUCUCUAGGAAAUUAUGCCGCAGCCUACCAACUGCUCUUCCUAACAGGACAAAGUCGUCACCAUUCACCCUGGUUCUGCCUGCGCCAGAGGAUGACUUCCGUUCCAGGCUGACCGGGAAGGCCAUGGGAGCCAGAAGAGCCCCCCAAAGGCCACCAUGCACCCCACGUCUCGUCCUUGUGGCCGUCCUCCUUGGCCUGGCAGCCUCCAGCCUGAACCUUCUCCAGAAGUGUAUGGAGGACCCUGAUUAUGAGCAGCUACUCAAGGUGGUGACCCUGGGCCUCAAUCGCACCUUGACACCACGGAAGGUGGUAGUGGUUGGUGCGGGCGUAGCUGGGCUGGUGGCCGCCAAGGUUCUCAGUGACGCAGGGCACAAGGUCACCAUCCUGGAGGCAGAUAACAGGAUUGGAGGCCGCAUAUUCACCUACCGGGAUGGGAAGACAGGCUGGAUAGGGGAACUGGGAGCCAUGCGCAUGCCCAGCUCCCACAGGAUCCUGCACAAGCUCUGCAGGAGCCUGGGCCUCAACCUGACCCAGUUCACACAGUACGAUGAGAACACGUGGACGGAGGUGAACGCCGUGAAGCUGCGCAACUACGUGGUGGAGAAGAUGCCAGAGAAGCUGGGCUACGACCUGAGCCGCAGGGAGAGGGGCCAGUCCCCAGAGAGCAUCUACCAGAUGGCACUCCACAAGGCCCUCCAAGACCUCAAGGCUCUGGGUUGCAAGAAAGCCAUGAGAAAGUUCAACAGGCACUCACUACUGGAAUACCUCCUCGGGGAGGGCAACCUGACCCGUCCGGCCGUGCAGCUCCUGGGAGACGUGAUGUCCAAGGAGGGUUUCUUCUACCUCAGCUUCGCAGAGGCAUUACGAGCGCACACCUGCCUGAGCGACCGACUCCGGUACAGCCGCAUUGUGGGUGGCUGGGACCUGCUUCCCCGGGCACUGCUGAGCUCGCUGUCCGGGCCGCUGCUGCUGAAUGCGCCGGUGGUGGCGAUUACUCAGGGGAUGCACGAUGUGCACGUGCACUACGAGACCUCGCUACAGUCUAGCAGCGUGAAGGUGCUGACUGCCGACAUGGUGUUGCUGACGGUCAGUGGGCCCGCGCUGCAGCGCAUCACCUUUUCGCCGCCCCUCACACGUAGGAGGCAGGAAGCAAUGCGUGGGCUGCACUAUGUGGCAGCCAGCAAGGUUUUCCUGAGUUUCCACAGGCCUUUCUGGCGCGAGGAGCACAUUGAGGGCGGCCACUCCAACACGGACCGCCCGGCGCGCAUCAUAUUCUAUCCCGCCCCAGGCGAGGGCGCACUGCUGCUGGCCUCCUACACGUGGUCGGACGCUGCAGCCCCGUUCGCUGGACUGAGCACCGAGCAGGCCCUGCUUCUGGCACUCAAGGACGUGGCAGCCCUGCACGGGCCCGUUGUGUUCCGGCUAUGGGAUGGUACGGGCGUCGUCAAGCGCUGGGCGGAGGACCCGCACAGCCAGGGGGGUUUUGUGGUGCAGCCGCCAUUGCCCGGCGGCCAUGGGGGUAAGGACUAUGACUGGUCACUCCCUUAUGACCGUAUUUACUUCGCGGGUGAGCACACAGCCCACCCACAUGGCUGGGUAGAGACUGCCGUCAAGUCUGCGUUGCGGGCCGCGUUGAAGAUGAAUAAACACCAGUACGGGGCGCCCAGCCCCCAGAACCAGGAAUUCAGCCCCAAGGAGCAGCAGCCACAUGUGUUCACGGAGGCCAUCCCCGAGAGGAAGGAGUACAUGGACUUGCACCCGAAUAUCGUCCCUUAGAAGCAGGUGCAUAUACAUGGGGAAGUCAUCCCCCAAGUGCGCGGUUAGGUGGGAUCUGGUCCCCAGCGGCACAGGACGUACACGGAGAGGCAGGCAAAGGAAAGGGUGCACUCCGCUCC